UUAGGAACCGGUUGUCUGAAAGAGUUGCUUGAAUCAAUCAACAAUGGCUUCCCAAGGAUCACAGAGCAUCAGCCUGAAGCUUCUGAUCGACAAGAAGAACAACAAAGUAGUAAUGGCUGAAACUGACAAUGACUUUGUGGAUAUUCUUUUCAGCUUCUUGACUAUGCCCGUGGGAACUAUAGUGAGACUCAUCAGCAAACAACCACAGCAAGCCAUUUUUGGGUCCAUGACCAGUCUAUACAAAGAGGUGGAAAAUCUUGAGGAGCAACUUCUACAGACUCACGCAUGCAAGUCCAUGCUCCUUCAUCCAAGGAAUCCUUCUGCAAAUGAGUGCAGGAGACUGAAAAUGAACAUUGAUGAUACAACGGCCAAGUACUAUAUUUGUGCUGAUUAUUGGACCAAUUGCAGACAGUACAUUGGCUACGAUUAUUAUACUACUUUCAAGAAUGUCAAAUGCAGGAAGUGCGGGAAAAUGAUGGAUAAGGACAUAUACAUGGAAAAAGAAGAUGUUGCUGCAACUUCCGGAGAAGAUGAACGAGUGUUUGUUUGUGGAAUGACCAAGUUCAUGGUAACCGAUGAUUUGCAGGUAGAGCCCAUGUCUCCAGCUACUACCUUGACACUAUUGCAAAAACUUGGGAUCAAAGACAUGAGUUCCCUCCAAGAGACAACACUGAGUAUUUGCUCAGAGCAGAUCCUGAAUCUGCUAAAGGGAUUGUUAUUCUCCAAGACACCUUUGACAGAUGUGUUUCUUAGAAAGCAAGACUUUACAUCUGAAGGUCUAAAAUUUGAGAUAAGAGAUGCAGUGCAGUCUAAGAGUGGGAGAUCUCCGCUAGAUAUGACUAUGAAGUUAACGAUGAGUAAGUCAAUGAACAGGGCAUUAUAUGCUGAAGCCGGGGAAGACAUGGUUAACUUUCUCCUGAGCUUCCUUACCUUGCCUCUUGGAUCCAUUUUACAAUUCUUGAGUGGGAAUUCAUCACUGGGAUCUAUGGACAAUCUGUACAAGAGCGUGGAAUGUUCAGAAGUCACGAGGGCCGAUAGUCUAAGGAACCAGCUGCUGCAUCCUGGGCUCUGCCGUGCUUCUUACAACCCACUAGGAGUAAAUGAAUUUGAACCUCCUUCGUUGUGGUGUACAAGUUAUAAAGAUCCCCAGAAUAAAGAUAACUCUUACACUUGCUACCUCACUACUAAGCCGCAGUCUAAUCGUGAUCGUAUAGGUGAAUUUUGUAGACAAUUAUUAAAGUGUCCAACAAGUGAAACAGCAGGUCAAGGAGGAUUUCUCAAGGGGCCAGCAAAGUUCAUGAUAACAGACAAUUUGGUUUUCACUCCACUAGUCUCUAUGUGGACUCUCUCCUUUCUUAAAAGCAUGAAGGUUCCACUAGAUGACUUGGAGGUUCGAAUGGUUAGAGUGGACGGGGAGCAGGCUUUGAGGCUAUUGAAGGCUUCUCUCUUCUCCAAAUCGGUACUGACUGAUGUCUUCCUCAACUUUGGCCUAAAGACUCCCAAGCAAGAAAAGUAAACCACCUUGAUUAUUAAGGACUUCAUGGGAUUUAAAUAGCCUAGAGUUUAGUGAUCUCUGUAAUAAGGGUCGUUUGAUUUAAUUUACUUGCUCAUAAAAUGUGGACUUGUGUUUAUCAUCGAUGUUCCCCUUAUAGAAUGACAUACUAGUCUAUACAUUUUUUAUUUUGUGUUUA